AUGCCACCCUCCACCCCAUCCCGCAAGCCGUCCCCUCCAUCAACCACCGCAACCCCACUCCCACUCCGGUCCCCUCACUUACAUCGGGUCCAAUCACGCUCUACCCCUGCUCCGCCGGUCUUAGGGAUGGAGAGUACCAGUAUCCGAGAUCGAAGGCAUGGGAGUAGGAGCGUUUCUUCCUCGUCUUCCGGAUCCGGGUCCGGGUCUGGAGAAGGGUCGACCAUCAGAGCAAACGAAGAAGAUCGGCCAGGGUAUGGGUAUGGAUAUGAACAUGGACAUGGGUAUGGGCAUCAACGAAGACCGGCCGAUCCUCCUACUGCAUCCGGACCUGGACGGAACCUCCAUCUUGGACUAGGACCCGGAGCGAAUAACCCGAAUGGGAUGUUAUUCCGUUCUCCGAGUUCUGAACCUAGUUGGCAAGCCCAGGCUCGUCGUCAACCGGGUUUAGGAUCUACUUCUAGCGGGUUCUCCUCUCAAGAAUCGGAUUUUGACGAUGAUGCGGAUCCGGAUGAGGGUGGGGAGGAGAGCGAUUACACGGCAGGGUCUACUUUCAAGCUCCGGAAGGACCGGGAUCACGAAUCUAGAAGGACAGGGAGUUCGGCUACUUUAGAUGGAUACGCGUAUAAAGGCGGGGCGGAGCUGGGUCGGCAGGUCACUCGACAACCUCAAGGCGCCCAUUUGCAACAUGAUCGGUCGAACGGGGUUGUACAGGAGAACGUUGGGGGAUUGAGUUUGAGAGACCCCUACGAUUUCGACCGGGAUUACGACGAGUACCCUCAGCAUCACUACCAGGAAGACGGCGAUAACACCUCGAACCUGAUAACCACCCCUCGAGAACGAUCCACCCUAGCUGGAGCUCCUUUGUUCUCAGCGGGUCCGGAGGAGAGGUACGAGUUGAUCCAAAAGUUGGGACAUGGGAAUUUCGGGACGGUUUGGAAGGCGCUGGACAAGGAGACGGAUGAGAUCGUGGCUAUCAAACAUGUCUGUCUCGAAGAUAACGCAGAUGAAAUCUCUGAGAUCCAAUCCGAGAUCGUCUACCUGUCCGGGUGCAACUCGCCCUAUAUCACCCGUUAUCUAGGAUCGUUCGUCGGGAGGAAGUGGACUUUGUGGAUCAUCAUGGAAUAUCUCGCUGGAGGUAGCGGGUCUGAUAUCAUCAAACCGGGACCUCUUAACGAACCGCAAGCAGCCAUCGUCCUCCGUGAGAUCCUGCACGGUCUUGCCUAUCUACACAGCCAGGGAAUCAUUCACCGGGACAUCAAAUCGGCCAACAUCAUCUUUUCCGAUACGGGCGAGGUCAAGCUCGCCGAUUUCGGCGUGUCCGGGCAGUUGAGAAGCGCCAAGAGUAUCAAGAAUACGUUUGUCGGGACGCCUUUGUUCAUGGCCCCGGAAGUGAUUCUGCAGGGAGGAUAUGGGCACAAGGCCGACCUCUGGUCACUAGGGAUCACCGCCAUUGAGCUCGUCGCUGGGAAACCGCCUUAUGGAUCGCAGCACCCGAUGAAGCUCUUGUUCUUGAUCCCCUCGAUGGAACCGCCCAAGCUGGAAGGCGACUUCAGCGACGCGUUCAAGGACUUUGUCUCGAAGUGUCUGGUUAAGGACCCGAAUGUCCGAUGGGAUACCGCCGAAUUGCUCGAGCACCCGUUCAUCCGCAAGGCCGGCCGUGUUCAGUCCUUGCAGAGGCUCGUCAACCGACUUGCCGAACACAAACGACUGCACGGGAAUCACUCUCGUUCCGAGACUUCGAUUUCGAACCCGACUAUCGAUGGAACCAUCGAUGGGGAAGACGAGGGGUGGGAUUUCGGGAACGGGACCGUCAUUUCGGUACAAGGGACGAACGCCGAGGAGGAAGACCCUGCCACGGUCGGGACCAUCCGGCCUGGAAAAGGCUCGGAGGCGAGGGUUUUUGAGCGAGACGUCCAGCCUUACCAAAUGCAACCCUCCUUGUCGGACGCCUACCCGGAAGACGACUCCGCUCGCAGGCGUACAUUCAUCGUCAACGACGACGUUCCCGAAGGUUUUGAAGAGGGUUUUGAGACCGCUCCUUCGCUCAAGUCAUCUGGCAGCGCCUCUCAAGCUGACUCUACCGAGGUCAGAACACCUCCGCUAGACACUCCAAAGGCACGCCCAGUAUCAGCAUCGUCUUCUAGUAUCGGGCAGCAAACCAUAAAACCGGCUAUGAAGCAGGCCCCAGUUGCUCAACAGCAAGCGAAACGCCCGUUCCACGCAAGUGGUGACGGAGUUGGCGAGAUCCUCAUACGAGACGUCGUCUUGCCCGUUGUAAACAAGACCGUGUCUCAAGCGAAGUCGGCGGUUGAUUUGCAGGCUCUGCACUCGAUUCAACAAGGGUUUCAAAUAUUGAGCAGAGACAAUCCGGAGCUCGCCAACCAGAUGAUGAUCGACAUCAUGUCGGGACUGCGAGAUAACGAAGCCGUUCGGGCUCAGCUCACACAGCGACUCGGUACCAUCAGACCGUCGUCCGACGUCAGAAAGACGUUUUCCGACGAACAAGUCCAGACAAAGGACUUUGCGGGCGCAACUGAGCGCGAGGCUCCUGCCCCGGUUCCGAAAGAGCGAAGUCCAGUCAAUGACAUGCUAUACAUGCGAUGGCUAGAUGGAUUACGGCUUAAAUGGCCCUUGGCUGGAUCUUGA